CAAGCUCAAAACUCUGGAAAACCAGCAUUCGACCCUGCUGCUUAACCUAGUUUUACUUUCAUUUUCAGUUCUUAAACCGUCACGUAUUCUUGAUUGUACUUCUAUUUUCAUUUUAUCCUCAUAUAUGCUUGGAUAUUUGGAUUUGGAGUAAGAUUAAUAAACUUUAAAUGAGUUUUGAAGAUGCCGAGAACAUAUGUGGAUAAUGCCUACAAUAGAAGAGUUGGUCGUGUUGGUUUGCCCGUCGGAAGUGCUGUGAUUUCCAAAAACACCGUGUGUGGAAUGAACACUAAAACUUAUGUGGACAACGCUUACAACAGGCAACUUGGGAGGGUGGGAAUGCCACACGGUAGCGCUGUGGUAUCAAAAUAUAGCGAUGGAUUGACAACGUGGAAUUAUCUGAAUACUGACAGACAAGACAGACAAGUCUGUCCACCAGAAAUCAAAAGUUCGUUUACACCAAAAUACACAGAACAUACCUCAGAGCCUUGUAAAGACGUGAAACAUGCGUGGAGACAAUCUGACAACGCCUGUUUUUAUCCGCAAGAUACACCUAGAAACAGGGUCAAUGUACCAAAUAGCAGGGAAAGGUGGAGGUCAAACGGCAGUUCGAGUGAAUCUAGCAGUGACAUGGACAAGCUUGUUAGGGAGAUGACUGCAGCUCAAACUAUUGUUGAAGAGUUAAACCAAACGGAAUCGGAAAUUGCAGUAACUAGCCCGUUUAUGUCAAAUUUGCAGGACAGAGAUAUUCACGAGCUUAUGAGAUGUCGCGUAUGUCAUACAGACAUGGACAGUUCCUCUCUAACACCAUGUGGACAUCACUUCUGUACCCACUGUAUUCUUCAGUGGUUGGAGAGAAAACAGAGUUGUCCUAUUUGCAGAACACGUCUCAGGGAAUCAAAUCUAAUUCAAGAUACAGAAUUUGAUAGAAUUAUUGGGCAUUUCGCAAAGAGACCGCUGCAGACGACAGACACAGUCGGCAGUAUUCGGUACCAAGAAAUAGGGCAGUACAAGGAAGAAAUUAAACAGCUGAAAACACAAAUUCAAGAAUUAAAAGAAAAUAAGGAAAGACAAGAAGCAAAUCGGCAAAAAACUGAACACAGAUAUUUGCAACUCGCUACACAGCUAAAGGAAAAGACUGAACAAAUUCAAAAGCUAACGGACGAACUGGACAAAGUACGGAAGAAGGACAUUGCACUACAAAAACAAAUUGAUACGAAUGUCAGACAAUGUGAUGAUCACCUACAAGAGUUAUACGAGUUGAAAGAGAACGUUUUACCAGAAAGAGAAAGAACGGUCGCACGAUUACAAAAUCAACUGAAGGAGAGGACAACUGCGAGCAGUGACACGGAACAGGCUGUUCGUAUACUCAAGAAUGAGAUAGGACAGCAAGAAUAUAGAAUGAAAGAAUAUGAAAAUCUGUGCGCUGAAAAGGAUGAAGAAUUAACUGUUCUUCGAAAAUUCGUAAUACCGGAGAGGGAAAGCAUUAUAUUUCAGUUGCAACGACAAUGUAAACAGUUAUCUGUUCUUAUAGGACAACAUGGCCGGCACACUCUGUCAGAAGAGGAAAUGGCAGCUAUUCAACAGCUUCAAAAUUAUUAUGACAAAGAGUUUAGUCGAAAAUUUGCCAUCACAGAAAGUAUGAUACAUGCGCUGAGAGAUAAAACGGAUCAAGUUGUAGACAUAUUUUCUACCAGGAAAGACCAGAAAGAUGGACUUCCAGACUUUGUAAGAAAAUAUACAAGUCUGAUUAAGGAGAAUUCAAGUCUCCACCAAACUGCGAUCAAACAUGAAGAAGAACUGAAUCGUAUGAAAAGAGAACUGCGCCACUGUAAAGCUAGAACACAUGAGCUAGAACGGAAGUACCAAUUAGAGAGAACAUUACCGCUCCACUUUUUCAACACAAUUUGCAUUACAGAUACAGUGCCUGUUGUUAAAAGAGGCCAACAGAUACAUAGACCCGAGCAGUUUUUAGCCGCAAAGAGCCUCGUAGACCGUGAUGGCUACUCCAUUCGAAAGGCUGCAUAUGAAACCGAAAUACCAUACCAAACACUGAGGGAUCAUCUGAAUGGCAGAUAUACUGAUAAAGUAACAACAUUUGGUUCAAGGCGGCUGUUAAUGGCAGAACAUGGGUCAUCCCUCAGUAACUAUUGUAAAUACAUGUUGUCGAGGGGUGUGCCUCUGUCCAGACAAGUAGUAAAACAUUUAGCUCGUGACAUCAUUCACCAGGAGGGUGGUGGCGAUGUUGUGCUAUCUGACAAAUGGCUUCUGUGUUACCAAAACCGUCACCCAGAGUUAUCUUUUAGAACUGCGCAUCCUUUGCAACAAGACAGGGCAGCAGUCACACAGGAUACAGUGGAUCAUUACUUUGAUCUUCUUGAGGAGACAUUGACUAAACUCAAUAUUAUUCACGAGCCUGCUCACAUAUUUAACUGCGACGAGUCUUGGUUUUCAGGCUGGCCUAAUCCUUCUAAGAAAGUCAUUACGUCAAAAGGAACACGUUGUGCCGAUCAAUCUAUUGUUAACAUGAGUGGCCAUAUUACCAUACUUAAUGCCAUAUCACCUAUAGGUCAAACUCUACUACCUAUGUUGAUUUAUAGCCAGUGUCCUUCACGCAGUUACACAGAUGCCCUUCUGCCUAGCAGUACAGAGGGUGAUGUAAAAAAACCCCACAGAUCUGCUACUGAAAAUCAUGAGGUUGACCAGUGUUACCAUUGUGGCUCCUCUAAAGAAAACCCACUGGUAAAAAUGGGUUUAGUUGCUCACGAAUUUGUAAAUAUUCUCCUAAAACCACCUUCCACGGUACCAAUUAAGAAAUCUAAAGGUAAAAGGUCAUUCACACAGGCUAGGUCUGUUUUGUCGGAACCUGAAAAGAAAACCACCAAACACACACCUGUUGUUCAAGAGGUCACUGUUCAACCCACCAGUGCAGAUGAUACCGAUGAUACGGCAUUGAGUAUUGUCUGUAUGGUUGGUUCGAGGGAGGGGUAUUAUUGGAUUGGCUACGACACAUGUGAUAAAUGGUAUCAUUAUGAGUGUUUACCAAACUAUGUACAGAAAAGACCUUACGAGGGUCUGGUAACACUGUGCCUUGAAUUCCUGUGGGCAGCUCGUCAGGUUCCUCUGAGACAGGCAAGGCUGUUGUUUGCCUUCUUGGCUGUUUUGGCGACGUGGGUGUUCAUGGAGAGUUGCUGUCAAGCGGGUGUCCUUGGUGAUCUGCUUAUAGCGGAUGUGGUCGGCUUCAUUGCCGGUAGCUCUUGCCCUCCGGAAUGCCCUCUUCUUUCUUCUGGAGAGGCGUUUGGCUUUCCUGGAUAUCCAAGGUUGGUUGUAGCGAGAGGUUGUCAUUUUGGAAGGAACAUGGGCCGCAAAGUUCCUGAAAGUUGUCCACAGGGUGUUGAUGCCUCGAUUGUGUACGAGCCCCAGUCGACAUCUGGUAGGUUGAUGUCGCCUACCAACCAGAUGGUCGAAGUGAGUAUAUCCAUUUUGAAGAUGUCGAGAACAUAUGUGGAUAAUGCCUAUAAUAGAAGACAUGGUCGUGUUGGUUUACCCGUUGGAAGUGCCGUGAUUUCCAAGAACACCGUGUGUGGAAUUAACACUAAAACCUAUGCGGACAACCCUUACAACAUGCAACUUGGGAGGGUGGGAAUGUCACACGGCAGCGCUGUGGUAUCAAAAUAUAGCGAUGGAUUGACCACGUGGAAUUAUCUGAAUACUGACAGACAAGACAGACAAGUCUGUCCACCAGGAAUCAAAAGUUCGUUUACACCAAACGCUUACUUUUAUCCGCAAGAUAUACCUAGAAUCAUGGUCAAUGUACCAAAUGGCUUGGAAAGGUGGAGAUCAAACAGCAGUUCGGGUGAAUCUAGCACUGACAUGGACAAGCUUGUUAGGGAGAGGACCAACGUACCAAAUAGCGAUGGAUUGACCACGUGGAAUUAUCUGAAUACUGACAGACAAGACAGACAAGUCUGUCCACCAGGAAUCAAAAGUCCGUUUACACCAAAAUACACAGAAUCUACCUCAGACCCUUGUAAAGACGUGGAACAUGCGUGGAGAGAAUCUGACAAUGCUUACUUUUAUCCGCAAGAUAUACCUAGAAACAUGGUCAAUGUACCAAAUAGCUGGGAAAGGUGGAGGUCAAACAGCAGUUCGAGUGAAUCUAGCACUGACAUGGACAAGCUUGUUAGGGAGAUGACUGCAGCUCAAACUAUUGUUGAAGAGUUAAACCAAACGGAAUUGGAAAUUGCAGUAACUAGCCCGUUUACGUCAAAUUUGCAGGACGGAGAUAUUCACGAGCUUAUGAGAUGUCGCAUAUGCCAUAAAGACAUGGAGAGUUCCUCUCUAACACCAUGUGGACAUCACUUCUGUACCCACUGUAUUCUUCAGUGGUUAGAGAGAAAACAGAGUUGUCCUAUUUGCAGAACACGUUUCAGGGAAUCAAAUCUAAUUCAAGAUGAAGAAUUUGAUAGAAUUAUUGGCCAUUUCGCAAAGAGACCGCUGCAGACGACAGACACAGUCGGCAGUACUCGGAACCAAGAAAUAGGGCAGUACAAGCAAGAAAUUAAACAGCUGAAAACACAAAUUCAAGAAUUAAAAGAAAAUAAGGAAAGACAAGAAGCAAAUCGGCAAAAAACUGAACACAGAUAUUUGCAACUUGCUACACAGCUAAAGAAAAAGACUGAACAAAAUCAAAAGCUUACCUACGAACUCGAUAAAAUACGGAAGAAGGACAUUGCACUACAAAAACAAAUUGAUACGAAUGUCAGACAAUGUGAUGAUCACCUACAAGAGUUAUACGAGUUGAAAGAGAACGUUUUACCAGAAAGAGAAAGAACGGUCGCACGUUUACAAAAUCAACCGAAGGAGAGGACAAGUAAGCAAGUCUGGGCGUUGAGAAUGGGCGUGGGUUUGGGUAGAGCUGCGAGCAGUGACACGGAACAGGCUGUUCGUAUACUCAAGAAUGAGAUAGGACAGCAAGAAUAUAGAAUGAAAGAAUAUGAAAAUCUGUGCGCUGAAAAGGAUGAAGAAUUAACUGUUCUGCGAAAAUUCGUAAUACCGGAGAGGGAAAGCAUUAUAUUUAAGUUGCAACGACAAUGUAAACAGUUAUCUGUUCUUAUAGGACAACAUGGCCGGCACACUCUGUCAGAAGAGGAAAUGACAGCUAUUCAACAGCUUCAAAAUUAUUAUGACAAAGAGUUUAGUCGAAAAUUUGCAAUCACAGAAAGUAUGAUGCAUGCGCUGAGAGAUAAAACGGAUCAAGUUUUAGACAUACUUUCUACCAGGAAAGACCAGAAAGAUGGACUUCCAGACUUUGUAAGAAAUUAUACAAGUCUGAUUAAGGAGAAUUCAAGUCUCCACCAAACUGCGAUCAAACAUGAAGAAGAACUGAAUCGUAUGAAAAGAGAACUGCACCACUCUAAAGCUAGAACACAUGAGCUAGAGCGGAAGUACCAAUUAGAGAGAACAUUUGGGUAUGAUGAAAUUCCCUCAGUGACUAUGCCGAGAACAUAUGUGGAUAAUGCUUACAAUAGAAGCGUUGGACGUGCUGGUUUGCCUGUCGGAAGUGCCGUGAUUUCUAAAAACACCGUGUGUGGAAUGAACACUAAAACUUAUGUGGACAACGCUUACAACAGGCAACUUGGGAGAGUGGGAAUGUCACACGGCAGCGCUGUGGUAUCAAAAUAUAGCGAUGGAUUGACAACAUCAAGAACAAAUCAUUAUGUUGAUAAUGCUUACAAUAGACGGCACGGACGUGUUGGUUUACCUGUCGGCAGUGCCGUGAUUUCCAAAAACACCGUGUGUGGAAUAAACACUAAUACAUAUGUGGACAAUGCUUACAACAGGCAACAUGGGAGGGUGGGUAUGCCACACGGUAGCGCUGUUAUAUCAAAAUAUAGCGAUGGAUUGACUACGUGGAAUUAUCUUGAUACAGACACUCGAGAUAGUUCCCUAGGAAUCAAUACCCCAAAGGCAGAGUAUACAGAACAUACAUCAGAACGUUCUAAAGACGAGACAAAUGCGUGGAAAGAAUCUGACAUUGCUGGUCCUCAUCUGCGGGACACAUCUAGGAACAAGGCCAACGUAGCAAAAAGCAGUGAGAGGGGGCGGUCCAGCAUCAGAGAGUUCGAAUCUAGCGCUGACGUUGUCAAUGUUGCUGAAGUACAAGAUACAAAUCAGCAGAAACAUGAAGAAAGAUAUUUGCAACUUGCUAAACAUUUUAAGGAAAAGACUGAACAGAAUCAAAAGCUUACUGACGAACUGAACAAAAUACGGAAGAAGAACAGUUUACUUCAACAAAAAGUUGAUAUAAAUCUUAAACAAUGUGUUGAAUAUCAACAAGAACUACACGAGGUAAAAGAAAAUGUUUUGCCAGAAAGAGAAAGAUUAAUCGUACAAUUGCGAAAUCAGCUGAAGAAAGGGAGAGAAAAUGAACUGGAAUUUACGCAUCAGAUGCAGAAGUUACAAGAAGAGAUAGACAAUAAGAGCGGCCAAAACCAAAAGUUAGACGAUGAACUUUACGAAGCGAAACUAGAAGUUAGCCGUCUCAAAGAUGAAGUAGAACAUCUUCAGGUGUAUGCGCAAAGGUGCUGUGAUCAAGACAGACAACUACAUGAUUACCGGGAAAAUAUUCUGCCUGAAAAAGAGAAUAUAAUUGCUAACUUGAGCACCCAGAUAGUGCAGCUGUCAAAUCACUUGAAUGAGAAAGAGAACGAAGUCGUUUAUCUCAACGACCAGAUUCAACAGCUGCAGAAAUAUGUACAGAUAUGUUAUGAUCUAAAUGGCAAAUUAACAGAUCUACAUGAAAACAUCUUGCCAGAAAAAGAUGGAGCUAUAAGCGUUUUACAAAGUCACGUCGAAAAGCUGUUUGACGACAUUACUACACUUAAGCGGACGGCUGUAUCUGUGAGUCAACUCGAAGUAUUACCGGAGACAAAUCUGAGCAGAGCUAUACAACAGCUGCAACAUUUUUAUGAUCGGGAGUACAGAUCCAGGUAUGACAUUACAGACAAGAUGGAAGCGCUGCUGCAGACUAGGCUUGAGUGUGUUAUGAGUGAACUAUGUAAACAGCAGGAAAUUGGAGAUCGGCUUGCCUUGGUGAUCAACACUUACACGAGUAUGGUUAAGGAAAAUUCAAAUUUGCAUCGAUCUUUGAGAACAAAAGAAGGCGAAAUAAAACAGUUAAAAGCAGAAUUACGCAAAACAAAAGUGACAAAACUAGAGAUAGAGCGAAGGGUUAAACACAUGUCAGAAGAAUGACGACAUUCAAAUGUUUUGUGCAGACUUGUAUGGGGGUUGUUUAUGUACAUUUCUUCAGGAGUUUUUAUCUUUGUACCGUUUAAUCACAUUGUAUUUACUCGCAAGCGGUUACUCCUGAUACGGUUAAAAUAUCAUUUAUGCUUUUAUCAUUGGCACAGCGUAAAUCUUUUGUUUAUAUUGUAUGUAAGUAUUUGUAUUAACUAAAGGAAUUCAGUUAGAAUGUACAAUCUCUAUAAGAUAAUUUUUCGUUAUUACUUAGAAAUUGCAAUGUUUGUCAAACCAGAGUGAUUGUCAUCGAGUUGUUAUAUUUGUUUAGAGCGUUUGUUUUGUUUGUUUAUUUUAGGUUUAAUGCCGUUUUUCAACAGUAUUUCAGUCAUGUAACGGCGGGCAGUUAACCAAACCAGGGUUCCUGGAUUCUGUGCCAGUACAAGCCUGUUCUCCGCAAGUAACUGCCACUUCUCCACAUGAAUCAGAGGUGGAGGACGAAUGAUUUCAGACACAAUGCAUUUGAUCAAAUCGUCACGGAGAACAUACUCCCCGCCCGGGGAUCGAACUCACGACCCCGCAAUCCCUAGAUCUACGCUCUCCCUAUUGAGCUAAGCGGAUGGACCUUCGAGCGUUUGUAUGCACACACAUUCACCUCCCUGCAAAUGCUUAAAAAGAAACCACCGAAGUUGUUAUUAUUGCCGGUUCGGUUUAAAAUGAUAACUUCUGGUGGAUAUAGUUGUAAUUGUUUAUAUCACUAGUUUAAAGUAUCUGUAAAUGGUUUUAACUGAAAGAUGGUUUCAAACAGAUGCAGUCAUGAUUUACUGCAAUUCAAGAAUUACUGCCCUGUACUUAAUUAGAAACUGCAGCAUGUGAUAAUCAGGUGUUACAUGGUUUUUGUUAUACUGAGUUAUGAAUUAACGCUUAGCCUUACAUUCCGCUUAGCCUUACAUUUUGAGAAAAAAGUUCAAGCGACACCAUAUCAUAGCAGCAUAUAAAACAUGUACAUGUAUAUUACUUUACAAAACAAUUGUCCAUAUACUGAUAAUUAUAUGGGUUGUUCUACAUGAAACGAGAAUUUUGGAGAAACCUUUACACGAAAAUAAAAAAAUGUAACUUUUA